AUGGCCAGUAAUAUGUCUGGGACGGUAAGAAAUUUGACCGAGAGUCGUGUAGAAGCUCUGCAGGCUUUACUACAUUCUAUUGAUGCAAAAGACGGGCAUGAUGAAGGCAAAAUAUCGAGCGAGCAGGUUCAUAGGCUUUCAGACAAGCUCGGAGAACUGCUAGGCAACGCAGAAAGCGCUGCAGGCCCCAGCGACUCACGAAACGAGAGGGGUGAGCUACUGAAUGAAGAGGGGUUGCCAAUCGUCGAGAUAAGUGAGCCUGUCUCCGGUGCUACCGCCGCUGCUGUAGAGAAGGUCCCAAUACUGGAACCGCCCGAGGUCAUGCCUUUGUCAGCUCUGUCUCCCGAGCAAAGAGCUCGAGACCGUGCGGAGAUGGAGCGUAUCCUAGAUCUCUUGGAAGAGGAAGAGAUGCAAGAAGAGGAGGAGAACGAAGCACUCGAUGAGAAGCGAAGAAAGGAGGAGCUCGAAGCUCGAAAAGCCCACGCGAAGAAGGAGCUUGAAAGAUUGAAAGCAGCCAAGGAGAUGCAGAAAAAGAUGGGCAAAGCUCUGCUGAAGAAUAUCACGGACGCCAAGCGGAGAGAGGAGCAAGAUAAAGAGGACCAGUUGGCGCAGGACAUAGAGCUUGAGGCGGAGAAGAAACGCUUAAAGCCUAGAAAGAGCGUUAGUUUUGCUGACCUCCCUCCAGAAAAAGCAGUCGAAUCCCUCGACGAUGGCUCCAGCCCAGCCCAGCCCAAGUCAGGGUGGGGAGAUGUUGUUCCGGGUAGACUGCGAGCGACAGAUAACAAACAGCCGAUGAAAUUUCAGGUCGUCGAGCGCUUCCCUGCUCCGUCUAAAUCUCAACCCCUUGCCUCGCCUCCCCCUCCAGAGCCUGAUUCUGAUGAUGAAUCUGAUUUUGGAACUCCCGUCCACGAUUCUGACCAGGGCUCAGAACCUGCGGUUAGUGACGACGAAGAUGAAGAGUCUUCCGAAGAUCCUGUUCUCCAGGACGAGUUUGAUUUUGAUACAGCGAGUCAUCAGCGCGAAAUCGCUCUCGCAUACUACGAACAACGCGGUAUAAUUGGGAAGGAUGCUGCUCGCGCUUUGUCCGCUCAUUCUCAUGAGCCUGUUGAAAAUGAGUGGGAUCAGCCGGAAGUUCCUUUGGAGGCGACACUCUCGACCGCCGGCCCAAAAUCAUCAGAAUCGCGAUUUAAAUCCUCUCGUAUAGCUCAAGCUUAUAAUACAAACAUUCCAUCUACCAUGCCUUCACAAUCUAUCGGGGCUUCAGUCCUCCCCGGCUCCUCGUCGACGAUCAAACACGCUAUUCGGCUUGGUAAGGUUGAGGACGAGCAACUUGUAGGGGGAGAAGAAGGUGAGAGUGCUAGUGAAGAUGACGACGAGAACAUCAAGGCAUUCCUAGACGCAUUCAGGAGAGGUGAUGUAAAGAAUGUUGGGGUCGAGCAGAAUUCCGAUGCUUUGAUUGCGGCUCUGAGUGCGGCCUACUCUGCACCGCCUAAAUCCUCGGACACCACGAAAACGACCACUCCAGUCGAGGCAGAGACUGUCCGUGAACCGGCCAUCCUAUCUGCAUCCAUGCAGGGACCCUCUCCCGUCAAACCGAAAACAUCAAAAUUCAGACUAGCUCGGGUGCCACCACGCAGCCCUUCCUUGCCUUCGGAAUCUGACGUCACGACCCCGCUCACAACCGUCGCACGAUCUUCGCCAAAGCUACCGACCAGCGAUACUGUCAUCGAACGGAAGCCCAGGCAAUCAAGCUCCACUCUUAAAACUGCAACCAAGCCUCAACCCCGGCCACAGGUGCCAGCUGCAUCAAUUCCCUCGAGCGCGAUGAUCGUAGACUUGCCUGAUUUCCGGCCUCCGCGAACUGCCAACCCUCCUACCGUUGUCUCGUCGCCUUCAUUCUCCAAAACCCCCUCACGCACGGCCAGCAUGGUAUCGCCGUCGCUCUCACAGGCCACAGUCAAUGAUUCACCAUCCUUCCAUAACCCGGCCUCAUCUAUGAUAGUCGAUUCGCCUUUUUUUCAGCGUGUGGCGAAUCAAUCCACUUCAAUGAUCAUUGACUCACCGUCGUUCCAGUCGCCGAAUACGAAUAGGCCGUCAAACGCGCCGGGCGUGAUGGCUACCACCGUUCGAGAGUCCGCCAGGCAGUCUCUUCCACAACCACCCGCUCAUGCUGGAGGAUCUGAAAAGAGAGUUUCUCGGUUCAAGGCUGAGCGUUCCUAG